CCCAUUUGCACACAUUUCACGCUCGUCGCGUAACUGCAGACGCUAUCCUACACUCUGCAGUCUGCACAGCUCAAGCUGAUUCGCUUAACCCCCUUUUCAGUUCUCCCCAUUUAAUACCAAACCCUAACCCUAUUUCUUUCCAAUUAACCAGCGAUUUGUCUUCAACUCGGUGAUCUCUGUACUCGGCGUCUACACAAUUGCAUUGCGGGCUGAAGAAGGCCGACAUGGAUCCGCAGGCGAACAAUCUCUACGAGACGGCGUCGCAGCCGGACACCGGGAACGACGCAUACACGUUUCUGGAAUUCAACACUCAGGGCGAGGAGGACUUCGAUUACCCUGAAUUUCAAGAGCUCCCGCAGCGUAUUCGAUCAUCUGCCACCGCCUGGCCCACACCAUCCGAUUCCGUGUCAGCUGCGGAGGUUCCUUCCUCAUCGGAAGCUUCUCAGUCGUCCAAUAAACCCCGUGACCGCGCCAGUGCGGGUGGAAUUAGCAACAUCAGCGUGAAUAAUAGUAAUAACAGCAAGGAGGCGGGGGUCGUGGAGGCAUUGGCAGCAGGGAUGGGCGGCCUGAACUUUGAAGACACCGGAGGUGAUGAUGAGGUCUUCGAGUAUGGGGAGGGAGACUUUACCGAGCAUGCUUGCAGGUAUUGCGGGGUCGCGAAUCCAGCUUGCGUGGUGAGGUGCAAUGUGCCAUCCUGUAGGAAAUGGUUCUGUAAUUCACGAGGGAAUACUUCUGGUUCUCAUAUUGUCAGUCAUCUGGUGAGAGCCAAGCACAAGGAAGUUUGCCUUCACAAAGACAGUCCCUUGGGAGAAACGAUUCUUGAGUGUUAUAACUGUGGUUGUCGAAAUGUUUUCCUUCUUGGGUUUAUAUCUGCAAAGACGGAAAGUGUUGUUGUUCUCCUCUGUAGGGAACCCUGUCUGAGUGUUAAUGCACUAAAGGACAUGAAUUGGGACCUGAGUCAGUGGUGCCCGCUAAUUGAUGAUAGAUGUUUCUUGCAGUGGUUAUUAAAGGUCCCAUCUGAACAAGAACAGUUGAGGGCUCGACAAAUUACUGCCCAGCAGAUAAAUAAAAUAGAAGAGCUUUGGAAAACAAAUCCUGAUGCAACUUUGGAAGAUCUUGAGAAGCCUGGCGUGGAUGAUGAGCCUCAAUCUGUAGCCUUGAAAUAUGAAGAUGCUUAUCAGUAUCAAAAUGUUUUUGCCCCUCUCAUCAAGCUUGAAGCAGACUAUGAUAAGAUGAUGAAAGAGUCUCAAAGCAAAGACAGCAUAACAAUUAGAUGGGAUAUUGGUCUUAACAAGAAGCGGAUUGCUUAUUUUGUCUUUCCUAAGGAAGAUAAUGAGUUGCGCCUUGUACCUGGUGAUGAGUUACGCCUACGAUAUUCAGGUGAUGCGGCUCAUCCCUCCUGGCAGUCCGUGGGUCAUGUGAUAAAAUUGACUGCACAAGAGGAGGUUGCUCUUGAACUUGUUACAAGUCAGGGUGCUCCUGUGGAUGUGAACCAUGGUUUUAGUGUUGAUUUUGUUUGGAAGAGCACGAGUUUUGACCGGAUGCAGGGGGCCAUGAAGACUUUUGCUGUGGAUGAAACUAGUGUCAGUGGGUACAUUUAUCAUCAUCUGCUUGGCCAUGAAGUUGAGAUGCAGAUGGUUCGCAAUACUUUGCCUCGUCGAUUUGGUGCACCUGGUCUUCCAGAACUUAAUGCAUCUCAGGUUUUUGCCGUCAAGAGUGUCUUACAAAAGCCUAUUAGUCUCAUCCAAGGUCCACCUGGAACUGGUAAAACUGUGACAUCUGCUGCUAUCGUUUAUCACAUGGCAAAACAAGGCCAGGGGCAGGUUUUGGUCUGUGCUCCAAGUAAUGUGGCUGUUGAUCAACUUGCUGAAAAGAUAAGCGCCACUGGUUUGAAGGUGGUAAGAUUAUGUGCAAAAUCAAGGGAAGCUGUUAGUUCUCCUGUUGAGCAUCUAACAUUGCAUUAUCAGGUCAGACAUCUAGAUACAUCUGAAAAGAGUGAGCUCCACAAGUUACAGCAACUGAAAGAUGAACAAGGAGAAUUGUCCAGCAGCGACGAGAAAAAAUACAAAGCACUCAAGCGAGCCACUGAAAGGGAGAUAUCUCAGAGUGCUGAUGUUAUCUGUUGUACAUGCGUUGGGGCUGGGGAUCCUCGGUUAGCUAAUUUUAGAUUCCGCCAGGUUCUUAUUGAUGAAUCAACCCAGUCAACAGAACCUGAGUGUCUUAUUCCAUUGGUUCUUGGAGUAAAGCAGGUUAUUCUUGUGGGAGACCAUUGUCAGCUUGGUCCUGUCAUUAUGUGCAAGAAAGCUGCUCGGGCUGGGUUAGCCCAAUCUCUGUUUGAGAGACUUGUGCUUCUUGGUGUGAAACCGAUUAGGUUGCAGGUCCAGUAUAGGAUGCAUCCCGCUCUUUCAGAGUUUCCUUCUAAUAGCUUUUACGAAGGUACUCUUCAAAAUGGAGUGACAAUAAAUGAAAGGCAAUCACCUGGCAUUGAUUUCCCUUGGCCAGUGCCAAACCGUCCCAUGUUCUUUUAUGUCCAGAUGGGACAAGAGGAGAUAAGUGCUAGCGGAACAUCAUAUCUAAAUAGGACUGAGGCUGCGAAUGUUGAGAAAAUUGUGACCACUUUCUUGAAGAGUGGUGUUGUUCCUAGUCAGGUGGCAAGCGUAGAUUCAUUUCAAGGCAGGGAAAAGGACUAUAUAAUUUUGUCUUGUGUUAGGAGUAAUGAACAUCAGGGCAUUGGUUUCCUCAAUGAUCCACGCCGACUUAAUGUUGCCUUGACACGUGCUCGUUAUGGUAUUGUCAUCUUGGGAAACCCUAAGGUUCUCAGCAAGCAACCUCUUUGGAAUGGCUUAUUAACACACUACAAGGAGCACGAAUGCUUGGUCGAAGGACCUCUGAAUAACCUAAAGCAGAGUAUGGUUCAAUUCCAGAAGCCCAAAAAGAUAUACAAUGAACGGAGACUUUUCUAUGGUGGGGGACAAGGACUUGUUCCCAACGAUGCUUUUGGAUCUGCUGCCUCGAGUCCAACUGGUGACAGGAGGGGUCCUCGCUCCAGAGGUUCAUACAUGCCACCUGGCCCACCCAAUGGUGCUCAUAAGCCUGGUAUGCAUCCUUCUGGUUAUGCACUGCCUCGGGUACCCCUUCCUUCAUACCCUCCUUCACAACCUUAUGCCAUUCCCACUCGUGGUGCUGUGCAUGGACCUGUUGGAGCCGUAGCGCAAAUCCCACAGCCUGGAAGCAGAGGAUUUGGUGGUACUGGGCGUGGAAAUUCCAGUGCGCCAAUAGGCAGUCAUCUUCCGCAACAGCAAGGCAUGCAAGCCCCCAUUGGAAGUGCUUCUAACUUCAAUUUCCCAUCUAUGGAGAAUGCUGGUAGUCAUGCUGGACCACUGUCUCAACCUGGCUACAUUUCUAAUGUGACGGGCCAAGGGCCUAGCCAAACUUAUAGAGAUGGAUUUUCUAUGGGUGGCAUGUCUCAGGAAUUCUUGGGUGAUGAUUUUAAAAGCCAGGGGUCACAUGUCCCUUAUAAUGUUGCUGAAUUCUCUACACAGGCUUCUCCGGGUGGAUAUGCUGUUGACUAUGUUGCACAAGGUGCUCAAGGUGGGUUUCCUGGGAGCUUUCUAAACCAGAAUUCUCAAGCUGGAUAUGCUCGUUUUGCCCCAGGAAAUGACUACAUGUCUCAGGAGUAUAUGGCCCAAGGUUCACAAGGAUUGUUUACACAGGGUGCAUUCAAUGAUCAGUCUCAAGAGGAUGCUUCUCAAAAUCACUUUGGUUUGGCAAGUACCAAUCUUCAGUCUCAGAAUUUGCUCAAUCCCAUGUAUUCACAGCCAUUUACACACUACAACAGUCAGCCUUUAAAUGUACAAACUUCUUCUCAGCAACAGAAUUCACCACAGCAGCCUCAAGAAUACUGGCUUGUCAAUACUAUCUGCUCCAAGGAUGGUUCUAAAGCUUGGGAAGAUAUCGGGCCAACUGAUGACACAAGUUUUUGGUGGAUGAUUAUUCUGAAACAAGAAUCAAAUUUUUAA